AUGAGGACUGUACCACCAGGAUGGGAAACGGACGAUGACUUAGUCGGCUUCGACACGGACGACACGCAGAGCAUUGGAUCGGAGUGGGAGGUCAGUUCCUCCCUCUCUCCGGAUGGGGGCUCUGACAUGGCCGAUCCGUCAGACGCAUCGGAUGGCGACUCCGCCAUGACUGAUACCUCCGACGCCGAGUCAGACUGCACCGCGAUGCCGGACGAGAUCCCGGACGAAGCGUUCGAUUUCGACACGAUCGAGGCCGAGCCAACCCUUCCGCCAGGACGGCAAGUAGACAAUGGGGAGAACGAUGCGUUCGCCGACGAGCGGCUUGCGGACAGGGCCAACUGGCCCGAGCUCUGGUCCCAAGUGUCCCUUGACAGCACGGGACCCUUCGGCUUCGUCUCCGACAACACCAGCACGCCGGCGAGCGUAGCGGCCUACGGAGCCGAAGGCUAA